CCUGCUGCACUUCAGCCUCUUCGCCCCUGCCUGCACUCCACCGGCUCAGGUGUGCCGUUAAGGCCUCCACGCUCAUACCAUUAACCUUACGGCUUCUCCUGCUUUCCCUGUUUCCCACUCUCUGCCAGAGCUGCUGUCUCUCUGGUGGCUCCUUCUCCCUUGGGUAGGCCUGCAGGUGCAGAAGGCACAGGCUGCCCUCCUGGUCCUGCCCUGCCCUGCCUGGGACAGAUAGCGCUGGGACAUGAUGGCUGGAGGACGCGAGCGGAGCAUGAAGGCCCUGAUGGAGGUGUGGAGAAGAGCAGAAAACUCUUUAUGUGCAGAUUGUGGGAAGCCAGAUCCCGACUGGGCAUCCUCUACUCUGGGUGUUUUUAUAUGCCUCAGCUGUUCAGGAAUUCAUCGCAACAUCCCUAGCAUCAGCAAAGUCAAAUCCCUGAAGAUGGACCACUGGGAUGAUGCCCAGGUGCAGUUUCUGGCCAAGCAUGGGAAUGCUGUGACUAAAGGCAUAUAUGAAGCUCACGUCCCUAUUUACUAUUACCAGCCAACCUACAGUGACUGCCAUGUGCUGAGAGAACAGUGGAUACGGGCCAAAUAUGAACGCAGAGAGUUCACUGAGCCAGGAAAACAGCUGCCAUAUUCUGAUGGGGUGAAGGAAGGCAUCCUCUGGAAGCGAGGUCGGGACAACGGGCAGUUCCUACCCCGCAAGUUCCUCUUGUCUGAGAGAGAGGGAUGUCUGAAGUAUUUCACAAAGCAGGAUGCCAAAGAACCCAAAAUCAAUAUUAAAAUAGAUGUCAUCAAUGCUACAUUUCAACCAGUGAAGAUUGGAAACCCCAAUGGCCUGCAGAUCACCUAUCUCAAAGACAACAAGACCCGGAAUAUAUUUGUCUACCAUGAAAGUGGAAAGGAGGUAGUGGACUGGUUCAAUGCCAUUCGCUCUGUGCAGUUCCAUUAUCUGAAGGUAGCAUUUCCCAUUGCCAGUGAUAAUGAGAUAAAAAAUCGGCUGACAAGAAACUUCCUGAAGGAGGGAUACAUGGAGAAGACUGGUCCCAAGCAGAGAGAGGCUUUUAAGAAGCGCUGGUUCACGCUGGAUCACCGCAGGCUCACGUAUUUCAAGGACCCUUUGGAUGCAUUUGCUAAAGGUGAAGUGUUCGUGGGCAGCAGAGAUAAUGGAUAUAGUGUCCAGAAGGGAUUGCCUACAGGGACACAGGGCAACUUCUCUUGGCACUAUGGCCUUACCAUUGUCACUCCCGACCGGGAAUACCUCUUCACCUGUGAGACAGAGACUGACCAGCUGGACUGGAUCUCAGCCUUCACCAGUGUCAUCAACCAGGCCAUGACCCCACAAGAAUACGCAAUUGAAGCCUACUUCAAGUUUAAAUCCUAGGAAGCCAUGGAGGAACCUGCUAUGACUUGACUCUACCUGGUCCUGCUGCUGGGCUGUCAGGAGAGAAGAUCAACAUCAGAGAAACACAGUGCUCUUGAAGCACCCUUUGAAG